AUGGACUCCCAGAGCGAAGAGGCCGAACAGGCUGAACAGCCUCAACAGUCCGAGACCAACAUCUUUCCAGAGCUGGAGUUCGAGACCAACAUCUUUCCAGAGCUGGAGUUCGAGACCAACAUCUUUCCACAGUCGGAGUCAGAGACCAACAUCAUUCGAGAUUCGCUGACCUUUCUUGUCAAUCAGAAGCUAGACCUUAUCAAACGCAUCGUCAACAAAACACCACCGAAUGAUCAUCAUCACCUUCUGACAAUGUCCGAUUUUAUGCUCGAUGAAAAUCCCAACGGAAACGGAAACGAAGGAAUCGUCGAUGAACCGGCACCGAGCAACCCUCCCGUUGAGCCACUACCAAUACCAACCAUUCAGAUUGAUCCAGACUAUAACUUAUCUGGAUCUGGCAACCAAGCGCAGACGAGCAUUUUCUCUCCAGAGGCGCAAGCGAACCCUCCCGACAUAGAAUUGUCAAUAAACCCUUUUCUUCUGGCGGCACAAGGGCACCCUCUCGCUCCGGCGGCACAAACAGACCCUGCCGCUCUAGAGCCACAAACGAACCCUCCCGGUCAGGAAUGGCAAUUCGAUCUUUUUGCUCUCGAGGCACAAACGAACCCUCCAGCUCCGGAGGUACAAGCAACCCCUCCAGCUCCAGAGCCACAAAUGACCUCUCCCACUCUCGAGGCACAAGCGAACCCUCCCGCUCCGCUACUAAACGCCCUUCACUUCGCAACCCUGCUACACAUGCCUAUCCAUAUCUUGGAACUCAUUGCUAAGCAGCCUGUUGAUGAUCCUAUUCGAGACCCUGGAACACUUUACACAGCAAUCGAACAAAUCCAUGAGUGGAGUUUCAGGUAUCCACCUAUUUCUAGUCCGGCGCAAUCACCAGAGACGCAAAAAUGUCUCGAAUACGAUGACCAGCGUUGCAUUGUCACUGGCCAUGAGAUCAAGACAUCCUGUCACGUUAUUCCCUUUUGUCGGAGGUCUAUGGUCGGGGGAGCAGGCCAUCGGAUUAACAGCAUACGUUCAGUCAUGAACUACCUUGUCGGGUACUCACAUCUAUCAAGAGACGUAGAAAGCCAGGAACUCUUGGGGAUAUUGUCAGCGGAAGUCGACAUACCAAAAAUGCACUGGAACUUGAUCACUCUGAGCCCCAACAUCGCAACCCUGUGGGAAAGGGGCGUGUUUGCAUUCAGAUGGCUGUACCACUCGCGAAUCGUUGCCGACAAUUGGAGCCAUGUUGGAAAAGUCCGUAUCACACUGGAGUUUGUGUGGAUGCCCUUCAACAGAAGCAGGAGACGACUGGAUCCUUUCGACCUCAACGAAGCGCAAGAUUUCUAG